GGAAAUAACACUGUCGUAAUUUCCGGAAUAAGUAUGGUUGUUACAGAUCAGAAAACAAGUCCAGCUGAUGUUGUUCUAGUCGUAGAGGCGACGGCAAAUCUUAGUGCAUAUAUUGAAGUGCUAAAGAAACAAUAUGUCAUCCCUGCUCUAGAGGUUUUCAAUGGAGGCCCUCCUGAUCCUACAGAUAUUGGUCACGAUUAUAGCUGUUCGUUGUACAAUCUAGUGACAUUCUACUCAGCUGAUGUCGUUCCAGACACAACGUCGAGAUGUUCCGGUGUAACGACAAAUAUUCAUGAAUUCAUCACAUGGUUGGAUGAUUUACCUUUCAUUGGUGGAGGAGGGGAGUCAUGCAGUUACGUCGCUGAAGGUUUGAGCACAGCCCUCCAUGUCUUUGAUGAUCUGCAGAAAGUGCGAAUAGACAUCGGGUUACCUGUACAGCGACACUGUAUCUUGGUAUGUAAUUCCCCACCCUAUAAUCUACCCAGCCAGGAAGGAGUUCGUUAUGUCGGAUACAUGGCAGACCAGUUAGCCAGCAUGAUGGCAAAGAGAGGGGUCCACCUGUCCAUUAUUUCUCCAAGAAAAAUCCCUGCACUUCAGAAACUGUAUGAAGAGUCAAGUUCCCCUGCAGAUAUGUCUACUCCAAUGAAAGACUUCACUACAGACCCAAGGCAUCAUGUAUUGUUACAUGGAUUUCAAUUGGAGGAACGGUCACACAGCCCAGCAGGAGACCACUCAAACACAGACAGGACAGCAGAAAGCAGAAAUCCCACCAGCCCCGCCCCACCAAGUUUUCCUGCCAACACGGGAUUUUCACCAGCACCCCUUAGUGAUACCAUAACUACAGAUCCACCAGAAUUCAAGAGACCAAACACAACAUUAUCUGGAACUCAACUUACUACCCAGGACCUGGGCACCUCUACACAGUCCAUGCCAUCCCCCCAGCAGCCUCAGUUCAGCAACUCUUCACCCUCCCCACAAAUGUCCUUUCAGCAUAGUCCAGCAAUGCCCCAGACUCAGCCUCAGCAACUACAGCCACAACCAAUCGUGUCACAGACAAUGCCCAAUCCAAUGCCACAACAGUCGCAGUAUGAUCCAUUGAUGAAUAUGAAUCCCAUGCCACAAGUCGACAUGCCCAACAGAACCACAGCCAUGGUGACCAAUAUGACCAGUCAACCAAUGCUCACACAACCACCACUGGAACAACAGCCAGUUAGUAUGCCAGUCCAACAAGGACAACCUAAUCCCAUGAAGGACAGGAAGAUAAUAUGGCAGGGGAUGUUGGAAUGGCAGGAGAAGAUGAAGGCUGGUGGCCCUCAGACACCCAAAGUCAAUAGACAGCUUCAAUGUCAUCUGUCCAUAGGGCAGGCUGACCCUGACAUUAAUGCGAUGAACUGGCCAAAAGUUCUGAUCAUGCAGUUGAUUCCACAGUCAUUAUUGAACUCCACCCAGCUCCAGCCUCUCUUUAAAAACUCUCGCCAGGUGGCGUUCCACUUUGGUAAUCAGAAUCUGGAUGAUCUUAGGAAUCUUUACAAAGUGAUGGGGACCGGUUUUGCUGGAUGUGUACAUUUCCCGGCAGGGAGUCAGUGCGAAGUUCGAGUGUUGCUGCUGCUAUUUAGCAACAAGAGGAAGGCCUUCAUUGGACUCAUUCCCAAUGACCAAACAGCCUUUGUCAACGGCAUAAGGAAUGUCAUCUUCACACACAAAAUGAGGCAACAAAGGCAAGAUCAGCCACAACAGAUGCCACAGCAGCAACAAUUUCCAGGGCAACCACAGGUCAUGCCAAACCCACAAAUGCAGAACCCACAGAUGCAAAAUGCACAAAUGCAAAACCCACAGUUGCAGAAUCCUCAAGGGGCACAAUACGGGGUACAACAGAUACCACAAGUCAGUAUGCAGAAUCCCAUGAUGACCCAACAGCAGGCCAAUAUGCAUAAACAACUGCAAGCAACACAGUUAGCAAAGCAACAAGAACAAAAGCUACUGGCACAACAACAACAACAACGGCUUCAACUACAACAGCAACAACAGAGACAACUUCAGAUGCAGCAAAUGCAGCAACAACAGCAACAGCAACCUGGUCUCAAUAAUCAACAGCAACAACAGCUGACACAACUCCUGAUGCAGCAGCAACAGCAAGGACAGAGACAGCCCCAGAUGAUCAUCGCACAUGGGAGGGGUCCAGUCUUACACCAGGGUCAGCAGCAGGUGAUGGGGGGCGGACAGGUGCUCCAGGGGAACAUGCCCCAGAUGACACAGCAGGGCCCUUCCUCUGCUCCACAAGGGGGCAAUAUGUUUGACGAACUAAAUAUGGACUUCUUGUGAAGAUCACAUGGCGUUUCAGACUUUGAGGAUUCUCUGCCUUACCUGUAUACCAGCAUUGUGAUUUAAUUUACUGCUUCCCCUUGCCAUCAGUGAUGAGGUUGUGUAAAUUUUCGUGCAUUAUAAAUGCCUUGAUAUUGCUUCAAAAUGUGUUUAAUGAAUUACCCUGGUGAGAGGUAUUUCUGUAUGAUCUGUUAAAUAUUUGUUGAACAAAGAUGUAAAUAAAGUGCAAUACACUUGUAAAGUU